GCCGCAGCGCGGCCGCGCCCCGCGCCAUGGCCGCCUCCGAGCUGUACACCAAGGUAGGGCGGCGGCGGGCGGCGGGCUGGGGGCGGUGGAGAGCGGCGGGGGGCCGGGCCGGGCCGGGCCUCGCCUCAAGAUGGACCCGGCGACGCGGCCGAACCCGGGCUGAGCGCUGCGGGGGGCGGCGGCGUUCGUCUGCGGGGCCGAGCGCGGGGCCGUGCCGGCCGGGGUGCCGCCCGUCGGGGUGCGACCUGCGGGGUCAGGGCGGGGGCCGGCGGGGACCCGCGGGGCUUCGGGGCGCGCUUCGCCGCGCGGAGCGGCGUUCGGUGCAGCCUCGCCUGUGGGAUGACGCUGCGCCUUCAGACGGCGUUCGGCGGCGGCUCGGCAUCCCGCGCGCUGCUCGCUCUGUGUCUGUGGCGGCCCGGCGGCCCGUGUCCCCGCGCGUCGGCACCGCGGCUCGGCCUGAGGGCGGGCUGCAGCCGGGCUUUUGUCCGUCCGGCGCUCUGCUUCCAUCGCACCUGGUGCAGAACGGCUGGGAAAAGCGGCCGGCGGAGCAGGAGGGAGCACGGGGUUACCGGCCCCGGGCGCCAUCAAAACCCCGCGACGGCUCCUUCGGGAAGCUGCUCAAGUCCUCGUGCGGCCCUCUGAAGGCCAUCGAGGCCCGCAGCCGCCUGUGCUGCACUGCUAACCCAUCCCCAGGGAGGGAGACGCACGGCCCGCAUCACGCUGAGUGUCUUUGGGCGUCUCCAUUCCAUGUCUUGUGGACAUUUCUCUCUAUUAACUUUUUGCAAAAAGGGAAGAAAAUUCCGGUUGAAAGAGCAGCAGAGCUGCAGCGUUGUUCCCAAGCGCUCAGAGGUGCUCAGCUCUAUGAGGAGUUACUCUGAGAAGUUACUCUUGAUUUCCCUCUCUGUGAAGGUUUUUACUAUGACAGCGAGUUGAAAUCUCUCAUGAGGAGUUAAUCAGAAGCAUUUGUCUUUAAUGUCGAACGUUGACCUUGGAUUCACUGCCCUGGACAGCUGCGUGGCUCUGGGGCCGCACUGUGCAGGGCAGGGCACGGGCUGCGGGGUGGCUGCAGGAGCACAGCCUUCCUUGCUGCCUUCCCCAGGCAGAGCCAUGGCGCUGCUCUGCCAGCUUUGGAUUCUCCAUGAGCAGUGGCAACAGAGCUCAUCCCAGGUUGAGUGGCACAGAUGGUGGAUGUAAGGUCAGAGUGCGCAGAAGAGCAUGAAAGUAAAACGGGUCCAUCUUCCAGUAGCUGUCAUGCUGGAUGACCGAGGACAGCAGGAUUGCUUCUGUGCUCCCCUCUUGCACGAAGCUGUGCCUGUCCUCUUUAGAGCCAUAUGCAGGCACAGAAAGAGUGACUUUCACAUCUUUUCUAUGCUGGCAGGCACAGCCGGGACUGUCAUUCAGGACAGCUCCUUAAAGCACCAGAGCUUCCAAUACAGCACCACACCCAGCACGUGGCGUUGGUGGCAGGUGUGCCUCGGGUUGGGUGCAGGAGGGAAUGCAUUUACGGCACAUCACUGCUUCCUGUGUGCUGUGUGUAUGUCCAGGAGCAGCGCCCUGCCAACCACCCGACCUUGCCCACUAUCCACCAUCCAGUGUGUGUAUGCCAGGAGUCACUGAUAGUGGCUGGGAAAAUACAUCAGUAGUGGGGGCUGCUGUGCAAAGGGGCUGUUGGCAUCUCUUGAAGUGUUGUCUCAGGGUGUCUGUCCGCACUCAGUGACCAUAUGGCCAACCUCGCUGCUCCGCGUUGCUGAUGGUUAAUGUGGAUGUGUGAAUCCGAGUUGGAGGGCUGGCAAAGCUAAUGUUGAGUAAUGGCUUGAGCUGUGCUGUGCAUUGCCGCUCCCAGCAAUGCUAUGAGUACAGGUUCUGCUGGGAGGCGUUACCAUCAGUGCUGGGGCACUCUGUGGGCUGUAUCUGUCCCUGGCAUUCUCAGUGUGUGUUGUGCCCCCGGGCUGUGUUGUCCUCCCGCUGGAAUGCUUUCAAUGGCAGAUCAGUAGUCCUUCUGCAAGGUAGUUUUCAAAAGUUUUGGGACUUUGGGAACCGAGUGGAACUGUAACGUACUUCAUUUUCAUUCCUUUUUUUUCCCUGAUUUGAGUUGUUCCUGCUUUAUGCUGUUUUCCUGCAGCCCGCUGCUUUGCCAUCUCGAGGUAUUUCUGUGUCAGUUUUGUAUGGCCGGGUUCAGCAUAUUUAUUUAUUUACCAACUCAUUCAUUCAUUCACUUUGAUCCCUGCUGCAACCCUCCCUUUCCAGUAUCUUUCAGGCAAGCUCACCCAGUGGUGGUGAUAGCAGCAGCAGUGUCCCUUCUGAGCCUUCCAGGAAGCAGCACCCAGUCUCCUUACGGACCAUAGGCGUGGAUGAGCUGAGCUCAGCAGCUGGCCUGCAUUUCUGGUGGAGAAGUGGUUCCAUUUGAGGGUUUGUAGCAUUGAGUUGACAGAGGGAAGUGUCAGAGGGAACUGCAUGGAACAAAAAUCCACUCAUGCGGUUCCCAGCAUCGCAAGAAUGCCUUUCUUGCUUACUGUGCUGUCUGCAGGCAGCUGCUUGGCUCUGAGACCGCAGCAUUACAAUAGCUGGUCUCCCUCUUCAACGAGAUUCAUCAUUUAAUCUCUGCAGAAUUAAAGAAAGCAUUUCUGCUAUUGAAGUUGCUCACUGAGCGGGUUGAAUUGGUUGAAGUCACAGAAGCAUCCCGUAUCACAAGAUCUGGUUUUGGUGGUCUGUUCUUAAUAGGAUUAAAGAGAUAAAAGCAAGAAGUGUCAGCAAAGCCAACCAUGGGCAGUGUAGCUGCUGAGGGCAGAGUGGCACAGGGCCAGUGGCUGCAGGGUACAGUGAAACCAGAACCCAGCGUGUGCACUUGGGACUCCAUGCAACUCAGAUUUUGUGACUUGAGCUUAUGUUCCUGGAGUCAUGACACCUGUAUGUGCCCGGGAGCACACGUCCAGACACACCUCGUUGGGCUGUUUGAUUUGUGUGCUGGAUGUAUGGAGGUUUUCUCUGGCCCAGUUGUGUGCUCACCAGAGUGCAGCAGUGUUUACUACCGUAGCAGUCAGGCUUGACUGUGCAGCAUUUGUACGGUGGGACCGGGGCCAAGGAGCGGUGUGAGGACAGGCUGCUGCUGGUCAGUCAUGGUGGUGAUGAACUCAAGCAGAGCUAUCUUCUGCUCUUCUCCUGUGCAGCAGGGAAGAACCUUGUAUUUCCCCUGAGAAAUAGGUGGUUCCUGCUGCAGAAAGUACAGUCUGGCUCAGUCAACCCGCAUUUCUUGGGAGUUUCCUUCACGUCUGCAACUUUCACUAUUUCCUCUUCUGUCGGUCUUCUGCUUCAGCUAUUGCCAUAGACUGUAGUGUCGCUCACGGUGCACCACAGAUGUAUAUUUUUAUCUCAGAGGGCAAUGCUCCUAAGAAUUUUAGUGGUUUAAAUCUGUACCAAAACUUUCAAGUAAGUGGGAAUGUAUCUGAAGGCACCCAAGCUGUGCCGAACUCAAAGGCUCUUUGUACAGUACUUCUUCCUCCCACUGGCUUCACAUCUGAGCUGCAGGAUGGAGUGUGAUGGGGUUGCUAAGGGCUCGUUUACCAACGCUAGCAGGAAGGCUUCCAGGGACUUUAUGGGCAGAGCCCAGUGCCAGGGCCGAGCUUUGUGUUUGCCUUUGCUUGGGACUGCAUCAUUUCCUCCGUGUUCUCAGAAUGCCUUGGCUUCGCUUAACCCUGGUUUUGCUUAGCUCUGAUCCUCCCCAAAGCUUUAUCUUUACUGGUGUGAGUAAUCCUAUUGCUUAAUUUUAUGCUUUGAAAUCAAGCCUGUACAUCUGCAAGGCUUUGACCUUCUAUUUCCUCUUAUUGCCAAGAAGUAGUUUUGCCAUCAUUUGCCUGCCCAGAAUAAUAGGUGCGGGAAAGCAAAAGGAAACAUAUCAUGGGGAUGCUUGCCUGUCAACUUCUUGGUGUUAAGCUCUGUGUAUGCAGUGUUGCACUAAGUUAUGACCUGCCUACUUAAAGCCCAGUUUUAACAUUUAAUAGCAAGAGCGUAUUUGCAGGAGGAGCUUCCACAUUCCAGGCUUCUCACCAUCUUGGGAAGAUAAUGGAGCUGCCUAUCUCCUCUGCAUUGCCCUCUUGCUGCAGGCAGCAGUCCGACACACAGUGCUGGGCCAGGUGGGUCAUCUGAGCUCCCCAGUGCUGCACAUCUGUUUUCCUUAUUGGCAUGGAUUUGGUUUCUUUGUCCCAUUAGUGUGGGACAAUAGCAUAGUGCGGUCAGGGACAUUCUUCAAUAGUGGCGUGGAGCUACUCCAGGCUGGGGUAAAGCUUCUUAAAGUGUUAGGUGGAAAAGGAGAUAAAAAGAAGGUGAGCAGAUAUCAAUGAGAGGUCGCCGCAGUGAUGGUAGGUCUGAGGGAACAGUAUCAGGGCUGAGCUGGAGGACAAGCAGUCAAGAUCAUUCAGGUAUGGUUGCCCGUAAAGCUCUCAGGUUAAUUCACUUCAAAUAAAAUCUGCCACCAGUAAUUAACAGGAUAAUUGGCUUGCUGAGUUCACUUAGCGCAGAGGAGCCAACGGAGAUGGCUGAGAGCAGAUUCUUGCAGGCUGCUUAUGCUUUGGUGUGCUGAGAGCCUUGUUUUUAACAUGAAAUAUAAAGGCUAAAGCAACCCUGCUUUAAAGAGCUCUCAUCCUCUCUUUAUAGUAAGCAGUUAACACAGAAGGAACAUAUGACUUGUGACUUACCAUGUAAAGCUUCGUAAGAUUGCUGUGUGGUUAGAUGCAAACUGCAUGCUUCUAGCCUAGUUCUAAAUAUAGAAGAAGAGAUGCUUAUUUGAGGCAUUUGCAUCCCCAUAUGGAUUUUGUAAAUGGCUGUGAAAAAUCAUGAAGUCUUGCUGCAGUUAUUUGCAGUGCCUUUGAAUUCUCCCAUUUGAUUAUCACAAGCUGAGAGAGUUUUGCAGUUGCUCACUGAGUGAUGGGAGGGCACUCUUUGUAGAGCUGGAGAGAGAAACUAAAAUAUUAUGGGUCAGCCUAACAAUGAGGGAAUUCAUUGCCCCAGCGUGGCAUGUCACACGUUACCCUGCAGACUGCAUGGGUUAUUCAUACAUAUCUUUAAAGCAGAUGACCUCAGCUGUUUUGCUGAGGGAACCAGUGAGAUUCUCAAGUCGCCUUAUGAGUUACUGUGCAGCAGGAAAGGAGAGACAGAAAUAUUUUCCAUGGAGGUUAAGCCUGUUUUGCCUGGAAAAGAAACACCAACUGCCUUGGAAAGUGCUGAAAAUCUGUGUCACAAGAGAUGCGAGAUGGAAAUAGGUGGUCUAGAAUAUAUGUACGUUAAAUAUGCCAGGGUUUGGAUCCCUGACCCAGAGGAGGUCUGGAAGUCAGCAGAACUUCUUAAAGAUUAUAAACCUGGAGAUAAAGUUUUGCAGCUUCGACUUGAAGAGGGCAAGGACCUAGAAUAUUGCCUCGACCCCAAGACUAAGGAACUCCCCCCCUUGCGAAACCCUGACAUCCUUGUUGGUGAAAAUGACCUCACUGCGCUCAGUUAUCUCCAUGAACCUGCUGUGCUACACAACCUCAAAGUUCGAUUUAUAGACUCUAAACUCAUUUAUACCUAUUGUGGUAUCGUCUUAGUGGCCAUAAAUCCUUAUGAACAGCUGCCUAUCUAUGGCGAAGAUAUCAUCAAUGCGUACAGUGGCCAAAAUAUGGGGGAUAUGGAUCCACAUAUCUUUGCAGUGGCAGAAGAGGCAUACAAGCAGAUGGCCAGAGAUGAGCGAAAUCAGUCAAUCAUUGUAAGUGGAGAAUCUGGGGCAGGAAAGACGGUUUCUGCCAAGUAUGCCAUGAGGUACUUUGCCACGGUCAGUGGAUCUGCCAGUGAAGCCAAUGUUGAGGAGAAAGUCUUGGCUUCAAACCCCAUAAUGGAGUCCAUUGGAAAUGCCAAAACAACGAGGAAUGACAACAGCAGUCGCUUUGGGAAAUACAUUGAAAUUGGUUUUGACAAGAGGUAUCGAAUCAUUGGUGCUAACAUGAGAACUUAUCUCUUGGAGAAAUCAAGAGUGGUAUUUCAGGCAGAAGAGGAGAGAAAUUACCACAUCUUUUACCAACUCUGUGCCUCUGCAGCAUUACCUGAAUUUAAAACUCUACGAUUAGGGAAUGCAAAUUACUUUCAUUAUACAAAGCAAGGUGGAAGCCCUGUGAUUGAUGGCAUUGAUGAUGCUAAGGAAAUGGUAAACACCAGACAAGCCUGCACUUUGCUAGGGAUUAGUGAUUCCUACCAGAUGGGAAUUUUCCGAAUCCUUGCUGGCAUCCUUCACUUGGGCAACGUGGAGUUUGCAUCUCGGGAUUCUGACAGCUGCGCCAUUCCUCCCAAACAUGAUCCCCUCACCAUCUUCUGUGACCUCAUGGGCGUGGACUAUGAAGAGAUGGCUCACUGGCUUUGCCAUAGGAAGCUCGCAACUGCCACUGAAACCUACAUCAAGCCAAUUUCUAAACUUCAUGCCAUCAAUGCCAGAGAUGCACUUGCCAAACAUAUCUAUGCUAAUCUCUUUAACUGGAUUGUAGAUCAUGUGAACAAAGCCCUUCAUUCUACUGUAAAGCAACAUUCUUUCAUUGGAGUACUGGACAUUUAUGGAUUUGAGACAUUUGAAAUCAACAGCUUCGAACAGUUCUGUAUCAACUAUGCCAAUGAGAAACUGCAGCAGCAGUUCAAUAUGCAUGUGUUUAAGCUGGAACAAGAAGAAUACAUGAAAGAACAAAUACCAUGGACCUUGAUUGAUUUCUAUGACAAUCAGCCUUGCAUCAACCUCAUAGAAGCCAAAAUGGGAGUUCUGGAUCUGUUAGAUGAGGAAUGCAAGAUGCCAAAAGGCUCGGAUGACACUUGGGCCCAAAAACUGUACAAUACUCAUUUGAAUAAAUGUGCCCUCUUUGAAAAACCACGUUUAUCCAAUAAGGCUUUUAUCAUCAAACACUUUGCUGACAAGGUGGAAUAUCAGUGUGAAGGCUUUCUGGAAAAGAAUAAGGAUACAGUUUAUGAAGAGCAAAUUAAGGUCCUAAAAUCAAGUAAGAAGUUUAAGCUGCUACCAGAAUUAUUCCAGGAUGAGGAGAAGGCCAUCAGUCCCACGUCAGCCACCCCUUCGGGCCGUGUGCCGUUGUCUCGAACUCCUGUAAAACCAGCCAAGGCCAGGCCAGGUCAAACUAGCAAGGAGCAUAAGAAAACUGUGGGGCAUCAGUUUCGAAACUCUCUUCAUCUGCUGAUGGAAACCCUGAACGCCACAACUCCACACUAUGUGCGCUGUAUUAAGCCUAACGACUUCAAGUUUCCAUUCACAUUUGACGAAAAGCGAGCAGUGCAGCAGCUGAGAGCUUGUGGUGUCCUGGAGACCAUCCGAAUCAGUGCAGCUGGUUUCCCCUCCAGGUGGACGUACCAAGAGUUCUUCAGCCGUUACCGUGUUCUCAUGAAGCAGAAAGAUGUCCUUAGUGACCGAAAACAGACAUGUAAAAAUGUCCUGGAGAAGCUGAUUCUGGACAAGGAUAAGUACCAGUUUGGUAAGACAAAAAUAUUUUUCCGGGCUGGUCAAGUAGCCUAUCUUGAAAAAAUAAGGGCAGAUAAGUUGAGAGCUGCCUGUAUCCGCAUCCAAAAGACAAUCCGAGGCUGGCUGAUGAGAAAGAAGUACAUGCGUAUGAGGAGGGCUGCCAUCACCAUUCAGAGAUAUGUCAGAGGGCACCAAGCACGAUGCUAUGCCACAUUCCUGCGGAGAACACGGGCUGCCAUCAUUAUUCAGAAGUUCCAGCGUAUGUAUGUGGUCCGCAAAAGAUACCAGUGCAUGCGAGAUGCUACUAUUGCUCUUCAAGCUCUCUUAAGAGGUUACCUGGUCAGGAACAAGUACCAAAUGAUGCUUCGAGAGCACAAGUCUAUUAUUAUUCAGAAACAUGUAAGAGGCUGGCUGGCUCGAGUGCACUACCAUAGGACCUUGAAGGCAAUUGUUUACUUGCAAUGCUGUUACCGGCGCAUGAUGGCCAAGAGGGAGCUGAAGAAGCUGAAGAUAGAGGCUCGGUCUGUGGAACGCUACAAGAAGCUUCACAUUGGCUUGGAGAACAAGAUCAUGCAGCUGCAGCGGAAAAUUGAUGAACAGAACAAAGAGUACAAAUCUCUGCUGGAGAAGAUGAAUAACCUGGAGAUCACAUACAGUACAGAGACAGAGAAGCUUCGGAGUGAUGUGGAGAGGCUUCGGAUGAGUGAGGAGGAGGCUAAGAAUGCAACCAACCGUGUUCUCAGCCUUCAGGAAGAGAUUGCCAAGCUCCGGAAGGAGCUGCACCAGACUCAGACUGAGAAGAAGACAAUUGAGGAAUGGGCAGACAAAUACAAACAUGAAACUGAGCAGCUGGUGUCGGAACUGAAAGAGCAGAACACAUUACUGAAAACAGAAAAGGAGGAGCUGAACCGCCGCAUCCAUGACCAAGCAAAGGAGAUAACAGAGACAAUGGAGAAGAAGCUAGUGGAGGAAACAAAGCAGUUGGAGCUAGACCUGAACGAUGAGAGGUUACGGUAUCAGAACCUGCUGAAUGAGUUCAGCCGCUUGGAGGAGCGGUAUGAUGAUCUCAAGGAUGAAAUGAACUUAAUGGUGAGCAUCCCCAAGCCUGGACACAAAAGAACGGAUUCAACUCACAGUAGCAAUGAAUCUGAAUAUACUUUUAGCUCUGAGAUCACAGAAGCAGAAGACUUACCACUGAGGAUGGAGCAGGAGCCAAGUGAGAAAAAGGCACCAUUGGACAUGUCUCUGUUCCUCAAGCUGCAGAAACGGGUUACAGAGCUGGAGCAAGAAAAGCAAUCCCUGCAGGAUGAACUGGACAGAAAGGAAGAACAGGCUCUUCGUGCCAAAGCUAAGGAGGAGGAAAGGCCUCCAAUAAGAGGUGCAGAGUUGGAGUAUGAGUCGCUCAAGCGUCAAGAGCUUGAAUCUGAGAAUAAAAAACUGAAGAAUGAGUUGAAUGAGCUGCAGAAGGCCCUCACAGAAACACGAGCUCCAGAGGUAACUGCUCCUGGUGCUCCAGCAUACAGAGUCCUCCUGGAUCAGCUGACUUCAGUAAGCGAAGAACUGGAAGUACGCAAGGAAGAAGUGCUUAUCCUGAGGUCUCAGUUGGUUAGCCAGAAAGAGGCUAUUCAACCCAAGGAGGACAAGAACACCAUGACAGAUUCUACAAUCCUCUUGGAGGAUGUGCAGAAGAUGAAAGACAAAGGGGAAAUAGCACAGGCAUAUAUUGGACUGAAGGAAACCAACAGGCAAUCUCCCCAGGACUAUCAUAUGCUGAAUGAGGACGGAGAACUUUGGCUGGUUUAUGAAGGGUUAAAACAAGCCAACAGGCUGCUGGAGUCUCAGCUGCAGUCGCAGAAGAAGAGCCACGAGAAUGAGCUGGAGUCACUGCGAGGUGAGAUCCAAAGUCUGAAGGAAGAAAACAAUCGCCAGCAGCAGCUCUUGGCACAGAAUCUGCAGCUGCCCCCAGAGGCCCGCAUUGAAGCCAGUCUGCAGCAUGAGAUCACCCGGCUGACAAACGAGAACUUGUUUUAUGAGGAGUUGUAUGCAGAUGAUCCCAAGAAGUAUCAAUCGUACCGGAUUUCCCUUUACAAACGGAUGAUUGAUUUAAUGGAACAACUUGAAAAGCAAGACAAAACUGUUCGCAAAUUAAAGAAGCAAUUGAAGGUAUUUGCUAAGAAGAUUGGUGAACUUGAAGUGGGUCAGAUGGAGAACAUAUCACCUGGACAAAUCAUUGAUGAACCUAUUCGUCCAGUUAACAUUCCACGGAAGGAAAAGGACUUCCAGGGGAUGUUGGAGUAUAAGAAAGAGGAUGAACAAAAGCUAGUCAAGAAUCUUAUAUUAGAGCUGAAACCACGCGGGGUAGCAGUCAACCUGAUUCCAGGACUACCAGCAUAUAUUUUGUUCAUGUGUGUACGCCACGCAGAUUACCUUAACGAUGACCAGAAAGUGCGUUCAUUGUUGACCUCCACUAUCAAUGGCAUCAAAAAAGUGCUGAAGAAAAGAGGUGAUGACUUCGAAACGGUGUCUUUCUGGCUGUCCAACACCUGCCGGUUUUUGCACUGUUUGAAGCAGUACAGCGGAGAAGAGGGGUUUAUGAAGCAUAAUACACCUCGUCAGAAUGAGCACUGCCUCACUAAUUUUGACUUAGCUGAAUACAGACAAGUCCUGAGUGACUUGGCUAUUCAGAUCUACCAGCAGCUGGUCCGCGUGUUGGAGAACAUUCUGCAACCCAUGAUUGUUUCUGGAAUGCUGGAGCACGAGACUAUCCAGGGUGUCUCAGGGGUGAAACCAACAGGGCUGCGGAAGAGAACAUCCAGCAUUGCUGAUGAAGGAACCUACACUUUGGACUCCAUUAUUCGACAGCUGAACUCUUUCCAUUCCGUGAUGUGUCAGCAUGGAAUGGAUCCAGAGCUGAUCAAACAGGUUGUCAAGCAGAUGUUCUACAUCAUUGGGGCUGUAACACUUAAUAAUCUUCUCCUGCGCAAGGACAUGUGUUCAUGGAGCAAAGGAAUGCAGAUAAGGUACAAUGUGAGUCAACUUGAAGAAUGGCUACGUGAUAAAAAUCUAAUGAACAGUGGGGCCAAAGAAACACUGGAGCCCCUCAUACAGGCUGCACAGUUGUUGCAAGUGAAAAAGAAAACAGAUGAAGAUGCAGAAGCCAUUUGUUCAAUGUGCAAUGCACUGACUACUGCCCAGAUUGUGAAAGUACUGAAUUUGUAUACUCCAGUUAAUGAAUUUGAAGAGAGAGUCUUGGUAUCGUUUAUACGUACAAUACAGCUGCGUCUGCGAGACAGGAAGGACUCUCCUCAACUGCUCAUGGAUGCUAAACACAUCUUUCCUGUUACUUUUCCAUUUAAUCCAUCCUCCCUGGCAUUAGAAACCAUCCAGAUCCCAGCCAGUUUGGGGCUGGGUUUCAUAUCACGUGUCUGAUCCUAAGGCUGUUCUGUCAGUGCUAGAUGGAGAAUUGUUUGCCUGAUAUCAUUACCCAUUAAAACAUAGUGAGCCACUGAAAACACAUUUUUGAACAAACAGUCUCCGUAUGCUCAGAUUUGUUGUAAAAGUAGCUGGGAAACUACACAACAGCACCACAGAUUGAAGGCUGAUAGAAAGAUGUGCAUUUGUGUUCAGUCAUUGCACUUACGAGGACAUUACUGAUUCAUACGUUUCCAGAGAUGGAAAUUGGGUUUGGACAAAAAUUGUGUCUUCAGCUGUUUAGAGACGUUUUUAGAUCUUUAGUAACAUAUUUAAAUAGUGUAAAUUAAACUCCAUGUAUAACCUUCUCAUGGGCAGGGACCAAUGGGGACAGUCCCAGUCCCCACAUGGAAGACGUAAAAGUAAGGCAUUUUGUAGUAGAAUAUGCAGUUACUUGGGAGCCUGUUACUUUUAAUUUGUAAAAACUGGAAUGGAGAAGCAAAAACUUGCAAUAUAUAACAUGAUUUCUUAAACCACUUCCUUACUUAUGUCGGUUUGACAUAAAUUCUAGUGAUAAGUCUUAUAGCUUACUGUAUGCUAUAACAUAGGUGUUCAUUUGUUAGUAAUGUGGUUUACCAAGCAUAUUAAAUUGCUGCUGCAUAUUGUGUUCUUUUAAAUGUAUGACAGUAUCAUGCUAGGCACUAAAAAUAAGAUGCUUCAUUUUUGGUUGUCAACCUUAUUUACAGUCCAGUGCAGUCUGUUAUUCUAACUGGAUUUUUGCAGAUGUUAUCCAAUAUCACCUGUAAAGGAAAAUGGUAACUAAGCACAAGUAGCACACUGGAAAUUAUGUGUUUAGGGUUAUUUUGUUUUGUUUUGCCUUUUUUUUUUUAAGUAGUUAUCUAAAAAUACAGAAUCUCGAAGCAGAUGAUCAGAAAUGAGUCACAAUUUUUGUAUUUAUUUAGAUUUUGUAGCAUGUCCGAUGUUUUUCUUUGUUUGUAGACCCCAGGGAUGACAGUGUGUAUUUUCAGUAUAACAGAUUUUGUUGCCACAUCUAAAAAAAAAAAAAAGAAAUCUUAAGAAUAUGUAUAUAUGUUUUCCUUCAUAUUUGUAUUUGAGAGGAAAAGCUAACAGAAAACUUCAGCAGUAGUGCAGGGCUCAUUCCUUGAAAGGUUGGCCAACACAAACGCAAAGUAAGUUCUGAGUGUGAUGCUGUCAUUGACUGCCAUUGGUGCUGACUUAAUGGUUGGAGAUCUGGAGUGCGUAAUGACAAAUGGAGUUACUUUGGCUAUUGCACAUCCAGUUGGGAGGGUUUUCUGUCUCACACUCCUUGGAUGUGUUAAAGAAUUCACAUUCCACAGUGUGCAACACGUGGGCAGAGGCCCUCCGUAAGGUUCCAAUCCCAAACUCUACAAUGUGUCCUUUGUGGUGGAUGGCUCAAAUACACACGUGGGGGAAAAAAAGACACUCACAUUACUCAGUUGCAUUGUGCAAUAUUUUUUAUGUAUUAUAAAAAUUAGCAACUUAGCAUUAAAAAUAUUGAGAAGUAAUGUAGAGGUACACUACUGGUCUAUUUGGUACUUAGUGUUUGCCUGCAAACUCACAGAGAAAAGAUUGCUUCCAAGCAGACAGAAACGUUUCAGCUGUGUUUGAUUUCAGAGGCAGACCUGCUGUUGAUAAGGUUGCUAAAAUGGGGAAUAAAGGCAGCCUGAGCUUUGGCAGUAUCAUCUUAAGAUGCUCGCGUUGUCUUAUUUUCAGAUGCGUAAAACCCAUGCUGUGUUUGAUGGACCAUGCCGACGUUUGCAAGAACUGAGUAUUUCACUGCACAGAUACUUGGAAUGAUCCUUGCUGAUGGUUUUGGCUGUCUUUCUGUGCAUGGUACACCAAACACUUCUUUUUCUUUUAAUAUUACUUGAUUUCUGAACUACGGCUGCUGCUGAGCGGCUCCAAAUAAGAUCUAAUGUACGAAUGGUGGGGUAUCGUGGCUUUCAGACUUUUAGGGUACUGUACUUAGGAGAAUGUAAUGGGAAGGCCUUCACAUACAGGGGUAGGGAGGACAAUACAUCAGAACGUGCUGACCUACACAAUUUUCUCCUCAUUGGAAAGCAUAGAAGUUGGCGUUACGGUAUGCUCAUACUGUCUAUCAGGAAACGUAUCCACUACGUAAGCAUUGGUGUGUUAAAAUGUAUGCCUAACUGUAUUUUUGUUGAUUUCUAAAGUUUGUUUACCUGUAAAAAGCCUUAUCGUAUCUGGUUCCUUAAGAAAGUAGUGGUUAGUAAUUUAUAGAUGUUAUCCUUGAACUCAGUGGUUUGACUGGUAUUACUUUGAUAUCACAUUAAAAGUUUAUGCUGCUCGACAUGUUUGGAAGGAAACUGCUUUGGGGUUGAAAUGGAUGUGUAAUUGGUAAAUCAUCUAAUAUUUUACCUGGCAGUAUUUUACAUGCACUUUUCAGAAGUAAAAUUUUAGUGUCAGUGUAUAAUAUAACUUUCACCUUAGGACUAAUAUCUCUUUAAGCAUUGAAUAGGAUGCAGAGUUAUUUGGACAGCUAUUUUUUUUUCCUUUGAAUCAUGGUUAUGUUCUUUUCAUGUGGACAUAUCUUUUAUAUUUUAAUUUAUUAUCUAUUGCUGUAAUCGAUUCUAUUGGAUGCUGGAAAAAACAAUUCUCAAAGAGCCCUUAGGAUGAGAUACAGUUAUUGUAGAGAUUUUGCACAAUUACCUCAUUCUGUUUGGUGUACCUUCCUUCCAGUGAUGGUUUUAUUCCGAUGCUUAGCAGAGUCUUCUAUCCAAAUUGUGGAAAUCGUUUCUCAGACUUCAAUCUGGGAUGGAACACGAAAGUGCUUAAGUCCAUUAAAUGUGAAUAAUCUCUUCUACUUAUCAGGAGGAGAACAAAACGGGCUCAAUCUCAGCGUUGAACGGUGGGUUGUUGAGCAGUAACAUCUGUUCCUAACUCGGAAACACCAGCAUUUGCAAUGGGAAGAUGUCUGUGAUUUAAACUGAAUGCAUUUCAAAUACUGUACAAGUACUAGGAGUAAACGUGAUGGGGUUUUUUAAGAUGCCCGGACUUCACCUGGUAAAUCAAAGCCUUGAAACAUAGAUUUUCACUCAAUGCCACUACAGUACGUAGAUGAAACCAAAACCUUGUCAGAAUGACCUGAGCUCUGAUCUGUCGUAGUGUCCGAUGUUGUACUUAGUAAAUGUAUGCAUCAUAAAAGCUGUAGUCUAAUAGCUAUCACUGGAAAACGUCCAAAUAAAAAUACAGCUGUAAGAUUUA